AUGUUCCGCAACAGGCGCAACUCUCAAAAGCCCAACGAGGAGUUGAUUCAGCGGUUUCAACGGAACUUCUCUGAUGUCGUCGCUCCGACAGCUGGCAUGAACGCUGCCGUCGCUCAACUUCCUAUCGGUCAUGGACCUCCAAAAUUUUCCAUGGACCCGGACACCAUGCCGGGACCACCCACGCAACACCCCCAGUUCAUGGCACCCAUGGUCGACCCGAACUCAGUCCAAUUCGUCAAUCCACUUAACCAGCUUCAUGGCUACUAUACACCGAACUCGGGAAACCUGAGCGCCGGAUAUCACAGCCCAGCCGGUGACCUUCACACGCCAGGGAUGGGAUUGAGCAUGAUCACUCCUCUUUCUCUUUCGCAGCAGGGCCAGAUUCCCACGAACCCUGCAGGAAUGGCCAUCGAUCCGUUCAGCCAACAGUUCAUCUCGCCGCAUUUCCAGAAUCCCCAACCGUUCGCGCCGCAGGUAGCUUUUGCACCCAGUGAAUUUGUUCAAGGUGAUCUUGGGUUUGAUGCUGUGGAUGAAUCUGUUGAUGAAGUGUCUCUAAAUGAUGUCGAUAUGCAGGGCAAUGCUCAGUCACAUAUGACUACAGCGAUGCGGGGUUCUGACCAACAGGAACUGCAGAUCCCGGGUGAAAAUUUCCGGUAUAACGUUACAUUGCGAGCACCGACAGCCAUGAUCAACCACCAGAACGAAAUUCCGGUCACUUACCUUAAUAAAGGGCAGGCAUACUCCUUGUCUGUUGUUGACACCGCGCCUCCGCAAUCAACCUCGCAGCCAGUCAAAUACCGAACAUUCGUCCGUGUCUCGUUCCAGGAUGAUGAACAAAGGUCAAAACCCGCGGCUUGCUGGCAGCUAUGGAAGGAAGGACGUGGAACGAGCGAGGCACACCAAAGGGGAGGAAAAUUGCAGGCCGUUGAGUUUGUGGACCCAGUUCAAGGUACAGUGGAUGACAAAAACCGGCAGAUCCAGCUGGAGAGUUCGUCUUUCGACGGAUUCUGCGUUACCUGGACUCGCAACCCAACCACCAAAACUUCGGAUUGCGCCAUUUCAGUUCGGUUUAACUUUUUGUCUACCGACUUUAGUCACUCCAAGGGUGUGAAGGGUAUCCCGGUCCGGUUAUGCGCGAAGACCGAAAUGAUCACUAGCGACUCCCCCCAAGAUGCUAGCCAAGAGGCGGAGGUGUGCUUCUGCAAAGUGAAGCUCUUCCGUGACCAUGGAGCUGAGCGAAAGCUGUCCAAUGACGUUGCCCAUGUCAAGAAGACCAUUGAGAAGCUUCGCCAGCAAAUCCAGCAGAACGAAAUGGGCGCUGGCAACUUCGGUAAACGGAAGCGCAGCAGCGCCGCUGUCGGCUUCAAGAGCUCGGAUACGCGCCCCACAAAAUUGUUUAAGCACAAGCGCACAUUGUCCAUGAGCUCGCAGGAUGGCGUUACUGGGAAGGUGAGCGUUGCCGACGACCUGCACGAAAAGCUUGCGUUGCUGCAGGACAUGUUCUCGUCGACCAGACCCGUCAGCGUCCUCAGUCUGCGAGGUGAUGAGCAGGACGACCCUGACUUGUACCCCGUGCAGCUCCCGGAAACCCGCGACUUUACCAAAAAGGACUUCCGUGGCGCCCGUCAUAUCAGUCUUGACCGCACGGUUAUGCAAGAGGUUUCGCCAACCAGCAGCCACAUGUCGAUCAGCUCCCCCUGCAAUCCCCUGCAGGCCAAUCUAUUCUAUGAUUCCGAAUACUCACGGCAAUCAUCCGAGGUCCCAGAGAGCGGUUUCUUGAAGCAUCCGGUCAAAGUCCAGAAGGUUCCCUCAGGAAAUGGCUCCACUCCCAUGGGUUACAUUGAGGCAGUGGAUAUCGAUCCGACCUACAGACCUCCAGCAGAACGCCGACCCAGGCCGAUUGCGUGCUUUUAUGUCCGAUUCCCAACGACCGACCAAAACCAGGAUGAUUAUUACCGCGCCGUCUACCUCACCGAGCGCACAGCCCGUGAUCUAAUGGAAAAGAUCUCUGUGAAACAGCGGAUAGAUCCCCAGCGUAUCAUGCGCGUGCUCCUUGUCAAGGAAAACGGACUCCGUAUCAUGGUCGACGACGAUGUGGUUCGCGAACUCCCUGAUGGACAAGACAUGGUGGCUGAGAUUUCAGAAACGGCGGCGUUUGAGGCUUCGGAUACACCCUCGCCGGUCGAAGUCAAACUGAGAUAUAACUAA